CACACCAUCUGCCUCAUCACUACAACGUCUGUGAGUUCAAGUUCAAGUUGUGGAAUCGACACGUCCAUUUCAUUCAGUUCUGUCGCGGCUUCUUGAGCAGCCGUCUAUUUUCUACUCUGCAUGACCAAACUCAUGUUACUUUGGCGUUUGAUGAACGGCUAGACCUUUUCUCCUUCUCCUUCUCUGACGCCGCAGCCGGUCUCUGACUUGUCCAUCCAUCUUCUCCCAACUCUGCAUACCCCGUGAACCCGAGUCCGCGACACAACCAAAAUGUCUGACGACGACGAUUUCAUGCAAGACUCCGAUCAGGAGCAAUACGACUUUGAAUACGAAGACGACGACGAAAACGAAAGCGGUGACGUCGACAUCGAGAACAAAUACUACAACGCCAAACAACUAAAAGCAGACAACCCAGAAGAAGCCGUUCAAGAAUUCCUGGGCGUUCCCGAACUCGAAUCCGAAAAAGGCGACUGGGGCUUCAAGGGUCUGAAACAAGCGAUCAAACUCGAGUUCGCGCUGGGCCGCUACGAGGAUGCCGUCAAACACUACAAGGAACUGCUGACGUACGUCAAGUCGGCCGUGACGAGAAACUAUUCGGAGAAAUCAAUCAACAACAUGCUCGACUACAUUGAAAAGGUGGCCACUGAGCAGACUGCCUACAAAUGCAUGGAGGAGUUUUAUUCGUUGACUCUGCAGACGUUCCAGAGCACGAAUAACGAGAGAUUGGCACUCAAGACAAACCUCAAAUUGGCAAAACUGUAUCUCGACAAGAAGGACUACACCAGUCUUACCAACAAAGUGCGCGAGAUCCACAAAGCUUGUCAGAAAGAGGAUGGCUCCGACGACCCAGGCAAAGGGACAUACUCGCUAGAGGCGUAUGCCCUCGAAAUCCAAAUGUAUGCCGAACUCAAAAACAACAAACGCCUCAAAUCUCUCUACCAAAAAGCUCUCACGGUUCGCUCCGCCGUGCCACAUCCAAAGGUACAGGGCAUCAUCCGCGAAUGUGGGGGUAAGAUGCACAUGAGCGAGGAGAACUGGAAAGAGGCCCAGAGCGACUUUUUCGAAUCUUUCAAAAACUACGACGAGGCCGGCUCGAUGCAAAGAAUCCAGGUCCUCAAGUAUCUCGUCCUGACCACCAUGCUGAUGAAAUCCACCAUCAACCCUUUCGACUCGCAAGAAACAAAACCCUACCGGAACGAUCCUCGCAUCUCCGCCAUGACAGACCUCGUGGAUGCCUAUCAACGUGAUGACAUCCACCAGUACGAAUCGAUACUAAAAGAAAAUCAAGAUCUCCUGGCAGACCCCUUUAUUGCAGAGAACAUUGACGAAGUCAGUCGGAAUAUGCGUACCAAGGCCGUCUCCAAGCUGAUUGCUCCCUACACCCGCUUCACGCUUAGCUUCAUCUCAAAACACAUCAAGAUUCCCGUCAGCGAGGUUCAAGACAUUCUCGGCGUCCUAAUCAUCGACAAGAAGCUCAAGGCCAAAAUCAACCAAGAAAAUGGCACGGUGGUGGUCGAAUCCACACCCAAUGCCCCUGACCAUCUCUCCCGGCUGGGUGACUGGGCUUCGGCGGCCGAGAACUUGUGGUCAGCCGUGCUGAAUGAAGGGGAGGGAUUCAAGUUCGAAGACAGCCAAGGUGGAGGGGGGUUCGCGGGAAUGCUAAACUAUCCAGUGGGUUUUGACGGCGGCAACGCUAUCCCCAGGAGGGGCCCUGGCCGAAGGGGUCACCAUGCUCGAGGUGGUGGCAAGAUACUCGUGUCGGCAUAAUAAUAGCAGGCCAGAACGGGACGCAGGACUGUCUCAAUGGCUUCGAACCAUGUCUUGUUGAUGCAUCAUUGAGCGAGCGCCAGUAGGAAAUGAACAAACACUUACUCUGCUAGGCGCCUUCUCAAAUGUCCCAGUAGUGCAUGAUCGAUUGACCUUGGAGCAGCAGAAGGGGUCCAAAAUUGAUUAUCAUGUCAAUCUUCUCCAAACCAACCAGUAAAACAUGGGGGUGGAUUGCAAGCUGCGGCACGCUGGCGGGCGAGGACCCAGCUGGACCCGAGACAAAGGAUCCUGACGUGGAAGCGGAAUGCCACGGAGCAAGUAGCUGGCAACCGAGCAGCAGGUUCCUCUACAAUGCGGGCGGUUGUCAGCGGGGACAGACCGAGGUAGCUGCAGUAUGAUGGGCGAUCACGGAGCGUCCAUCGAUAGGAGGCGCGACCGGUAGCCAGGAUAGGGAAGCCACUCAUUGCCUCGACUGAUCGCUCCAUCAGAACCUCGCACCAGUCUUGGACAACUUGAGAGGCGUCGCUUCGGACGUCUCUCGGUGCUUGCCCAUCUUCUCCGCGGCUUGCCCUGCAGCAGAGAUUGCCAGCUGGCCCUGGCUUCGCUACCGCUGCAGCAGAUAGCAGUGCAGGACUGCGCUGGCGUUGGAUGCAUUCUAGGGGCAGAAAGCAAACACACGGCUGGGUGGUUGUGUGUUCCGGCCCUGUCAGCAGGUAUGAUAGCUCGCUCUUGCGUCGCCAAUGCAGAUUUUCCAGCCUUGCCAUACGGUCGCUCCACCGAGGGUUGACACGGUCUAGGCUGACCAGCGCCCUGGGGGAUCGGAUGCAGACACGACGCCGGCGGGAGCGCGGUGCCUCUGAUCUUACCCCUUUCGUAAUUGGCGUCAAUCGUUCAAGAAGGACUUUCGCUCUUUCUCCCAAGUUUCGCUCAGGUGUAGUCGAGAUCUCCCGGUUAUUCUUCCCAAACCCCUGGAACCCCAGUUCCC